UCUAGUUGUGUCUGUUCUCAUCUCAUCAUCAUCAUCAGGGCGUUUCAGGCAACGCUCAGGAGCACAGUAGCUGUCGCCUCUUAUCCCGCAACUAGUCCUCCACCCUAAACGGGACAACAGUUCCUUUUUCAUACAGAUGACUUGAAAUGUUGAUGUAGUAAAAAUGAACAAGCCCAAAAUGGCCACAGAGAAGGGGGUUCCCAGUAACUCCAGGAUAGUGAUGCUCCUGGGCCAACUGGAAAGGAUGAAUGGUGAGGCCAUGGUCAGAGAUGUUGAAACAGCAAGACAGGUCACUGCAAAGAUCCUUCAUCUCAUACAGACACAGGAGAAGAGUGGAAAAGAGGUCAUGUCCAAAGGCUCCAGCGGCAUGGAAGUCAUCCUGGCUUCACUGGAGAACAGCAGAGACGUUCAGACCACCCUGAACAUCUUGUAUAUUCUUAGUGAGCUGCUGACUGUGGGCAGGGGUCGCAGGAUGGGAGUGUUUGUGUCCAAAGGAGGAACGGGAAUAUUAUUCCAGAUCCUGACUUCUGCCAGCAAAGAGUUGCCUCCCAGUGAGGAACUCAUGCUACAGCUUCACUCGCUGCUAGCCAAGGUUGGCCCAAAAGACAGAAAGUUUGGUGUGAAGGCCCGGUUGAGUGGAGCUCUGAACAUCACCAUCAGCCUGAUCAAACAGAAUCUGCAGAAUGCCAAACUCCUUCUGCCCUGCCUGCAGGUUCUCAGGGUUUAUUCGGCCAACUCGGUGAAUGCAAUUUCUUUGGGCAAGAAUGGAGUAGUGGAACUAAUGUUCAAGAUUAUAGCACCAUACAGCAAGAAGAACACCAGCCUGCUCAAGGUAGCUCUGGAUGCACUUGGAGCACUUCUCAAAUCCAAAACUAACGCUCGUCGUGCAGUGGACGGCGGUCAUGUGCCCGCCUUGCUGGCUCUGUACCUGGAUUGGCAUCGCAAUGACGCACGUCAUCGUCACAUGCUGAUUCGCAAAGGGCUGCUGGUCUGCCUCAGGAAUAUUACCAACAUCAAACUUGGGAGAAAGGCAUUCAUAGAGGCCGAUGGCAUGAGGAUCCUCUACAACACAUCUACCGAGUGUCUGCCGGUGCGAACUCUGGAUCCACUGAUCAACACUUCGAGUCUCAUCAUGAGGAAGUGUUUUCCUAAAAACCGUCUGCCUGUGCCUACCAUUAAAUCAGCUUUCCACUACCAGCUGCCUCAUGUGCUUCCAGUUGGGCCUGUGGCACAGCUGUACAGCCAGCCUCCUGGGGGAACAACAAGUCACCAGCUCAGCAACAAGCCCUUAAAGAAGGUGGAUGAUGUGGUGGAUGAAAGCGACGAUAAUGAGGAGACGGAGGCAGAAACUGAUACUGAUAAUGAAGAGGACGAGAAAGAUCAUCGCACUUUGAACGAUGACAUAGAGACUGACCUGAACAAGCUGCAUCCCACAAAGAGCCCUAGUCGUCCAUUCGAGGAAUUGAGGCUAUAUGAGAGAUUCUUUCUGGAACUAUCUGAAGACUUUCAGGGGUAUAACUUUGAAGGCUCAAAAGGUGCCUCUACUACUUCUUCAUCAGGAUCCCUUUCUUCAUCAUCAUCCUCAACUCGAUCCACUCGUCCAAUCAUAGUGCCCACAGCUCAAGCCCUGUCCCCAAAGCACAUGGCGACACCAGGCUCUCAGGAGAUCUGCAACUCUAUCAAAGGACAACACACACAACCACCUCCCUCUGCCACCUCUCGAACCCCUGCUGCUUCUCUAGCAUCUCUAGAACUGGACACGAUCCACCUCACCAAGGACCAUGACAAAAAAGAGGAGGCUCACAUUCCUACCCCAGAUGGGCAUACAACCUUAUCCUCCUCCAUGCAUUCUCCUCAAGGCCAGAUGAUAGAACGGGGACUACCACAUGCACUGGAUUGUGUCUCUCUAGAAGACAAGGGGGCUCUGACUGUAGAGGACGGUUUAAAGGGAGUGAAACAAGAGGGAUCCCCAGUCAGUGCUACAAGACACAUACAGUCACCUCUGCUGUUGGGGGAUAUCGCUACACGUCGUGUGGGAGGAGGAGGUUCAGAUUGUGGAUCAGAGGGUGCUGAGGAUGAGGGAGGGGAAGGAGCAGUUCUGGAGGUGCCUGACACAGCCCUCCUCCUCCCGCUGCAUGACCCUGACCUAUACGUGGAGAUGGUGAAGGGGACACGUUCUGUCCCACAGUACGCUGAAGUGGCUUACCCAGACUACUUUGGCCAUGUAGCCCCAACAUUUAAGGAACCCCUUCUGGAAAGAGUUUAUGGUGUACAGAGAUCUAAGAUAUUCCAGGACAUUGAGAGGUUGAUUCACCCGAAUGACAUCCUGGAUAAAGUGGUUUAUGACUUGGACAUUCCCAGUUGCCCUGUCAUUGAAGACAGUGGGGAGUCACUGAAGUUUAACUCUCAGUUUGAGUCUGGUAACCUCAGAAAGGCAGUUCAAGUUAGAAAGUAUGAGUAUGACCUUGUGCUGAAUUCAGACAUCAACAGUAAUCACUACCACCAGUGGUUUUACUUCGAAGUGAGUGGGAUGCGUGUUGGGACCACCUACCGCUUCAACAUCAUUAACUGUGAGAAGUCAAACAGCCAGUUCAACUAUGGCAUGCAGGUACUGAUGUACUCUGUGCAGGAGGCAAUCAGUGGCAGACCUCGCUGGGUUAGAAUGGGAACAGACAUCUGUUACUACAAGAAUCACUUUGCAAGGAGUUCCAUCGCAGCUGGUGGUCAGAAAGGAAAAUCGUAUUUCACUCUGACCUUCAGCACAACCUUCAGCCAUAAAGAUGACGUCUGCUACUUUGCCUAUCAUUACCCUUAUACAUAUUCUACGCUCAAGAUGCACCUGGCCAAACUGGAGGCACUGAGGACCCCACAUAUCUACCUGAGACAGGACGUGCUGUGCGAAACCCUCGGGGGGAACAGCUGCCCCCUUCUUACCAUCACUGCCAUGCCCGAGUCCAACUCAAAUGAUCACAUCUGUCAGUUUAGGAACCGUCCAUUGAUCUUCCUGUCUGCCAGAGUGCACCCCGGAGAGACCAAUGCCAGCUGGGUAAUGAAGGGCACGCUGGAAUUCUUAAUGGGCACGAGCCCACUGGCAGCCAGCCUGAGGGAGGCCUACAUCUUCAAGAUAGUGCCCAUGCUCAACCCUGAUGGAGUUAUAAAUGGGAAUCAUCGUUGUUCUCUAAGUGGAGAGGAUUUGAAUCGGCAGUGGCAGAAUCCCAAUCCUGAGCUCCACCCCACCAUCUACCACACUAAGAGCCUGCUGCAGUACCUUGCACACAUACAGAGGGCACCACUGGUGUUUUGCGACUACCACGGUCAUUCCAGGAAGAAGAAUGUGUUUAUGUACGGCUGCAGCGUAAAGGAGACAGUUUGGCAGUCCAACAUUAGUGCUACAUCGAGCGACUUGCACGAGGACCUUGGAUACAGGACCCUUCCUAAGAUCCUGUCCCAAAUCGCUCCAGUCUUCAGCAUGGCUAGCUGCAGUUUUGUUGUGGAGCGCUCCAAAGAGGCAACCGCCCGCGUGGUUGUCUGGCGAGAGAUUGGAGUGCAACGCAGCUAUACAAUGGAGAGCACGCUCUGCGGCUGUGAUCAGGGCAAAUAUAAGGGUCUUCAGAUCGGCACCAGAGAGCUGGAGGAGAUGGGAGCUCAGUUCUGUGUGGCACUGCUGAGGCUGAAGAGGCUGACCGGGCUCCGGAACCACCAACACCUACUGGAUUUGGAGAGCGAUAUUAUUGGGACGCAGUCCAAAGUGGUCAGCAGCCCGACUACCUAUGUGAUGGAGGAGGACGAGCCGUCCUUUCUGGAGGCUAUAGACUACAGCGCAGAAAGCGACAAUGAGGACGCGGAGCCCGAAAACGAGCACGGCAACAACGUCCACGAGAAUCCCGACCACCUCGAUCAGCUGUCCGACUCGUACUAAUCGCAGGGAUCAGCGCUGCGGGGUUAAUCUCAUCUGUACCUGGCAGUUUGAGCUUACAAACAGCCGGUGCCUGGGCUUUUAGAUGAUCUAAAUUUAAAGAUUUCACAGGUGACAUAGCAACACUUCUCACUUUGACUGUUGGAUAAAUAGCAUAGAUUUAAACCUGACCCUGCUGUAAACACAAAUCCAAAUGGUACAUAAGCACCACACAGGUGUGCGUCGAGCAGAUCGAUUUACUCUUGUCCACGGGGCUGACGUGCUGCUCCUAAAGGUACUCCACCUGCCUUUCACUUCAGAUAGACUGAUGUAAGCCACAGUAAUACAAAAAAUAAAGCUUCUAAUGAAUGUUUUCACCUUUCACUACCAGAAUUUAAUCGUCAUGAACUGUAAGCCUUGACCUCAGACACCAUAUAGCCUCUGAGAUUCACAUAUAGCUGCACAGGGCUGCAACCAGCAGGCACUUUGGACAUUUAACUUGAACCCCGGUCCACUCGCUGCUCCUUUUUUAUCACCUCCAAACUCACGCUGAAGCUUUUUGCCAAGGUUGUAGUUGUAUAAUAGAGCCAGUGGCUUCUGUAGUUUUUCAAAGCCCUCUCAUCUGUGACGCUGUGUUUGAUAGAAACACUUCUGCAGGUGAUUUAGGGAAACUGGAUCUCCUCCACUGGCCAGCACUAAGAUCCAAUCUGCCUGCCUUCUUAUUUCUUCUUUCUAGCUUUCUUCAUUGUUGCCCUGCACUUUAACUUUGUAGUCAUUUAGUUUGUUCAGGCCUUCUUUGCUUGUCUCUUUCUUUUCUCUGAGAAGCCAAGGUAUCAGUGUUGAAAUGGGAUGCACAGAUGAUCAAACAGCUCUCAUAUCUUAACAUCAUUUGAACGAGAACCAGCUCAGAUGUAACCAGACUUGAGCCGUGACCUUACUUCCUUCCCUCUUUGGCCACGUGACACAUGGCUCGAUCACCCAUGUGCUCUCUGCCUUGCUUUAUCCAAAACCGAAGCUAUUCAUAUCACACACAAGCAGAAUGUUCACGUCUUUAUAAAGACAAACCUUGUACAGUAUUUAAAACGUGGAUGUAAACGCAGCAAACUAACAUCAGUCACACAUUUAGGUGGAAUGUAUAGCAUCCACAUGUCGGUGUUUUCAUUGUUUUUUAUGAACCGUGUUAGUAUAACAAAGUAGUGAUGAACAAGAAAGCAUGAGCUGCACACAAAGCAGAAAACCCUUGUGCACUUUGGACAAACACAAAUCACACAGAACAAAGACAAAGUGAAUGCAAGUAGUGUGGAAACCUCAUCUUUAGUCACCUCGUUUGUUUGAGCCCAGCCCAAAGCUCGACGGUAACACUUCUCUAAUGUCUAUACUGGAAUUUUUUCCCCUCGUUGUCUUUUCCUCUUGUGUGUAUAUUUUGUGGAUUUGUGUAGGACAGACCCAUGCGUAAAACAGAUGGUGCUGAGUAUCAAAUUGUUUUUUUCCUGCUCGUAGAGAUGUUUCUGUUGCACCUGUACAGGUUGAUUUAUUUGUUUGUUUUUUUGCUUGCUGUUUUUAAAUUAUUAAGUAUUUUUUCUGUGAUGCUUCCUGUACGUACAUGAGUCAUUUUCCUGUGUGGGUGCAGACUGUGUGUGCACAUUUGCAGGAGUUUAAGUUAUUCCAUUAUUCUGCUCAGCUAAUGCUCUUAAAGUGUGUUUCUGCUUUCAAUUUGAUUAUCCACUCUAACUCGGCUUCACUCCCCCAAUAAUUUUUUCGCUCCUCUCUUUCCUUCUAAACCCAUUUCACUCCUCUGUUUUCUGUCUUUUGCUUCUUUUUAAGUUUUGUUUGGGACAUCUUAGAAACACAACAUUAUUGUUCUGUGUGUGUGUGUGUGUGUGAGAGAUAUUCACGUGUAAUUUCGGUAUAAUAUGCGAUACGUGUCUGUCAUAUUUAUGUCAGUGCAAUGCUGGGCUGCGUUUGUUGGGAUAGUUACUCAUUUUAAGUUGAUUGUACUGCAGAAAAUAAAAGCUAAGACUGAAGACAUGGGAAAUAAAAUGUGGAUAUGGUAAA